CUGCACGCGCAGUUUUCACAUUCUGUACUCGACUUUUUCAGAGUUCCGCAGAAGCCGCCGGUCUCCGAAGAGUAUUUGUUAAACAAAAUGAGUGAAAUAAAACCUAACGACACAUCUACAGCUGAAGACAAAGGCGAUGAUAAAGACUGGGCAGCGGCCAAAGCUUUUUUUGACAACCUCAAAACUAAAGUCCCGAGACCGCCCAAACCGCAGAAUGCCGUGACCAUCGCCGUCUCCUCUCGGACCCUCUUCGACCUGGUGGCGGAGAGGAAAGUCUUCUUGGAGGAGGGAAUGGAGAAGUACGUAGUUCAUCAGGUGGAGCAUGAGAACGAGCCUCUGAAGCCAGGAGCAGCUUUCCCCUUCGUUAAGGCUCUGAUGAACGUCAACUCUCGACUCCGAGAGCUGUACCCAGACAGCGAGGAACUGUUCGACAUCGUCCUGAUGACCAACAACCACGCCGAAGUCGGAGUGCGCCUCAUAAACAGCAUCAAUCACUACGGUUUGACCAUAGAGAGGUUUUGUAUGACGGGAGGGAAGAGUCCUAUAGGUUACCUGAAGGCCUACCUGACGAAUCUUUACCUGUCCAGAGAUUCUAAGAAAGUCACCGAGGCCAUAGAUGAAGGAAUUGCUGCAGCAACGAUGUUUAUGCUGAAAUCGGACUCGGAGUUGAGCGACACUCAGCUGAGGGUGGCGUUUGAUGGCGACGCCGUCCUCUUCUCCGACGAGUCCGAAAUCAUCGUGAAGAAGCACGGCCUCGACACUUUCUUUGAGCACGAAAAGGAGUUUGAGAACAAACCUCUGGCUCAGGGUCCUUUGAAGUGCUUUCUGGAGGCCCUCGGAAAGCUCCAGAGAAAAUUCUAUGCUAAGAACGAGCGUUUGAAUUGUCCCAUCCGAACCUUCCUGGUCACGGCCCGCAGUGCCGCCAGCUCCGGGGCUCGCGUCCUAAAGACCCUCCGCAGCUGGGGCCUGGAGAUCGACGAGGCCCUCUUCCUGGCCGGAGCUCCUAAGGGGCCGCUGCUGCAGAAGAUCAAACCUCACAUCUUCUUCGAUGACCAGAUGUUCCAUAUUGAGGGGGCCCAGGAACUGGGAACCAUAUCCGCACAUGUCCCUUAUGGAAUCGGACAGAAGUACCACAAGGGGAAACUCAUCGAGGAGUCUGAGAAAAAGGAGUGAUCCACAAAACGGCUCUGAUGAAAUGAGCACUACGGCUUCAUGUGACCUACAUUAGAAGAGAUGCGCUCCAAAUUAUUUUUUUUUAGGGUGGAAAAAAAUUUUCCCGGUAUUUAAAUAUAACUUAAAGAUUAAUCUAUUUAAAGAGAACAAUGCGGUCCAUUUUCAUGUUAAACUCCUUUGAGUGGGUUUAAUUCCUGAGAGAAAACGUAUUUUCUCAGCACAGACAUUAUGGGCCACACACGGUUUCAUUUUAAAAGUGGAAAAGGAAAAGAAAAAAAACUGCAUCCAGUUUUCAUUUAAGGGCUCAUGUCAAACUUUCUGUAUUUUACAGUUUACACAGUUUUUCUUAAAACUCAACCGCAUUUGACCUCUUUAUUUAUUUGGCUAUACAGUAGUCCCACGUUUAUCACAGGGAUCCGUACCCUGAAGAUCUGCGAUAAGUGAAAAA